GGGAGGGGAGGCACUGACUCUAACAGACGACACGAGGAAGACCACGACAUUUCCUUAGAGUUUUUAUUCCAGGAGGACACACAAGGAAGGAUGGAUGUUGUACGGUACAUUCAGCUCGGGUUGUUAUUCUGCGCAGGGACGGUACAUCUACCGACCGUAACGAGUCUGAUUGACCCUCGGUUGGACUGGCGCACCCCGUCCGAGCAGGACUUGCGGCAGGUCCGGUGGGCCAUGGCGGCCUACCACUACAUGCACAACUUAGUGUGCGAGGCCGUGUUCUUCACAACAGAGCGGGAGUGCCGGACGCUAGUCUCGAUUCCUCGCUCCUCGGUUCACCUGUACAUGACCGAACCUUCGGAGAGAGGCAGCGGCGGCUACCUGGCGGUGUUGCCGGAUGGAGGGUUAGCCCGCGCCGGUCGCCACAACGCCGUGAUCGCCCUGGACCCUUACCCUAAAGCCAGCUUCGGCCACCUUGUUCUCGUCUUCUUCUUAGACACAAACGUCGCUGCCACCAAGUGCGCCAGUCAGAGUGGAGUUUAUCUCGGAGACAGAGAAUGUCUGACACUCUCGCUGAAGAACAGAUGUCGAAACGCUCUACAACGGAACCUCCGGAGACGCAACUUCGCCCGUCGGUGCGAGAUCAACUUCCUCCCGAAGGUUCGCCUCGUCAACGACCCGGAGAAAAAGCAGCAACUCCGCUGCAUGGACCGCAUCGACGGUUUCUCGCCGUGCCCGUACCAGCCCGAAAACGUUCGGUACGAAAUUCCGCGCUGCGAACUCACGGAGAACACGAGAAGAUGUGAGAAGUUCCGAAAAGGGGAGGGAGCGUUGAGAGGGUUUUGCCGCCCGUGGGAGACGUGCGACCGUGCCGUGAUCGUGGGUAGCGGGUGGAACCCUCAGGUCGGCCGGGACCAGCAGAGGGAAGCCGCCGUGAAGGCUUGGUACGGGAUGCUGAGGCGGUACGGAUUCAAACGGAGCAGUAUCACCACGUUCUACGGCAGUGAUGGGGGUAUUGACCUGGGUGAAUCCCCGGUGGAAGCGUACCCCGCCACCCACAAACUGUCCAUCCGGAACUUCAUCGUCAACACCUGUCGUCACCCCACCUGCGUGGAAACACUCGUCAUUUACCUGAACAGUCCCGCAACCAACGACGACGAGAUGCUCCUCUGGGACAAAGAUGGCGACGGACAGGCCUCGAAGUCUGAAUCUUACAAAGUGUCCGAGUUUUUGGAGGACAUUGAGAACUGCCUAGCCCGAAGAGUGUUUGUCUUCGUGGACCAGAGCUACUCGGGAUCAUUCGUCGACAAACUUCGGGCGUCACGAAGACACACGAACGUCGCCGUCUUCGUCAGCAGCAAGGCGAACGAAUACUCGUGGAAUACCGAGUUUACGAUGAGAUGGGUGAACGCCUCUCAUACAGAAUGUAUCGGCAGGAUACACAAGUUUUCACGCUAUUGGAUAUCAUCACAAGUCGACAUGGCAGAGGGCGCUCCGGGAGUCGCCAACACUACCAUAUUUGGAGCUCCCUGUGACGUCAUACCACCAUAUACGGACCACGAGCUGAAACAUGGGUACAUGGGAUGCCAGACCCUCCCCACGGCCUACUGGUUAUUGAAGUGGUUUGGGGCAUCAUCAUAGGUCAAAAUACGAAACACACACAUAAGUAGCCCAGAGAUAUUUUGUAUAUUUAACGUGGAUACUGCCAUUAGUAAAAACCAUUCUAUACUUGUAUUUUGUCUUUAUCUGUAAAGCAUUCGGUGCCUUGCCUAUCUUUACUUGUUCACCCCCCACCCCCAUUUCCAAUUUUUAUCGAUAUUAGCACACACUAUUUCUUCUGUUUGUUAUGUGGUAUGUGGGGGAACUAUUCCAAAGACACCUUGUAAUGAAAUUUAAUCAUGGUCUUGAAGUUGUUAUGUCUACUCUUGCUUGUACAGGGUCUCGCGAGGCAUGGCGAGAAAUGGUGAUGUUUUGAUCAUGACCCAAGCUUUACUAAAAAACGCGUAUAUAAUGGUAACACUCUGAUACGGCUAAUCAUGUACAGAUACGUAGUUCUAUGCUUUUAGAUAAUUCUAUAACAUGGGGUGAUUUCCUGAAGUACUGUACAUGACUACAUCUGUUAUAUUCUCUAUCUAUAGUUAUUAUCUUUCCUAUUUCUUAUAAACCGCAACACGAGAUAGCGCAUACGGUCUACACAUCAAUCAUAUUACAGCAAAUACAGCAUUCUUACCAACGCUGAUAUAAAAUGCAAAAUUUUAGCCGUUCUUUGUCCAUGCGUUCUCAGGACGAAUGACCCACUAUUUACAACACGUUGCCUUAUGGACACGUGAUUGUAGGUAUGGGUCAAAGGUCCCUUGAAGUUGGUACCGCCCUUUUCCCAGCAGACUCAUAAUGCCACGUAUAUCAAGUACUUGGUUAGUUACUAUAAAGCGUGCAGUAAAGAUGGCACGAAUGCCAAAUUUACCAUGAAUUCAUUCACUAAAUGCAUAGCUUUCAAGCAAAUACACGCAUGUUCAAUUUCAUUUAUGUUGCAAGUUAAAGUCAAAACAUGUUGUUUUGAUUAUACAAAUGGCAUUUAGUAACGUGCUAACUAUGUAAUUACGUUCUAAUCGGUAUUGUUGUGUUCUUUUUAUGCUAACAUGCUCAGAUCACUGCCAAACGAUACUUUCGCCGUUUUAUUUACCAUCAUUAGAUAAAGAAAGAUGCAUGCUUAUAGUGGUUAACUUUCGUUUUCUGGCAACAAGUUCAGAAAGUGUGAUUUUCGAUCGAUGACUCAACUAUAAGUAUUAAAUAUUAAUAAUAUAAAGCAUUAAAGCAAGCUUUUACUUUCGUUGAAGAGAUUCAUUAGUCAGGUAUGUGCACAGUUAAUGGAAUUUUCAUCAAGCAGUGACUACUUUUUAAAGGUAAACACACGUUCCUCCAAAUUUUCAGUCCAUCUUGUUCACGGAGUGACCUAGUUCUCGCGAGAGUUGCGAGAACUACGUCGAGACUUGCUUUUACUUGUUUAUAAACAGUGCAUAAUUGCUGUAUAGAAAUCCUAUGUUUAUCUCAAUUUUGUCAACAACAGAUGGCGUACUUGCAUACAUUCUUACUUUGGUCCCUCAAAUCACGUAUAUACAAGAAAUCAAUUGUCAUAUUCUAAUUCCACAUUUUUCCAAAAUAAGAUUAUUAUGAUUGCGGCAAUAAUGGAAAAGUACAUAUACAAGCUUAAACAUAGUAUCCUGAUUGAUCAUACAUGAAAGAAAAUCAUAACUAUGAUUUAAAUAAUUCAAAAUUUGCUUCUUUUGUUCAGGAUGUAACUGUACAGUUUUGUCUUAAAUGUAUCGUUGUACAUUCUUAAGUUAUAUAGGUGCGGUAAGGUCUCUUUAGACGUGACCUAUAUUGUACCGUUAAAGGGUAUUUGAUGUUCAAUGCUGUAUAUAUGCGAUCCCAAGUGUAGAUAGACGUCGUUGUGGAUUUUAUAUGUCUCUUGCACCAAAUAAAUAAAUUAUAUUGUACUCUG